AUUCAGGCACCGACAAGUGAUUUAUGGUAAAAUAAAAUUAAACUUGCAAUUUACACUUGCCUCUAUCUACAUUAUUUAAUAUUGAAAUAAACCAGUGAUCAUAUAUUUUUACCAUGUCUGAUUGGGAUACGGUUACAAUUCUUCGUAAAAAGCCGCCAAAAGCAUCUGCAUUGAAGACUGAACAGGCUGUAAAUGCCGCACGUCGUCAAGGUUUACCCGUUGACACGCAACAAAAAUUUGGUGCUGGUACUAAUAAACAACAUGUGACUACAAAAAAUACAGCUAAACUUGAUAGAGAAACAGAAGAGUUAAAACAUGAGAAGAUUCCUCUUGAUUUGGGAAAAUUGAUAAUGCAAGGACGUCAGGCUAAAGGCAUGAGUCAGAAAGAUUUAGCUACUAAAAUUUGUGAGAAGCCACAAAUCGUUAAUGACUACGAAGCUGGUCGUGGUAUCCCUAAUAACAUUGUUCUUGGCAAAAUCGAAAGGGCAAUUGGUAUAAAACUCAGAGGAAAGGAACGUGGCCAACCACUACAGCCUCCUGGAGGAAAGAAAUAACGGAUUCCCUGGGAGGCGAAGACUAUACUCCGAUAUUUAUUGCAUAAUAUUUUCUCAUUUUUGCUGUUAUGCGUUCUUAUAUAUAUUAUUACAAUUACAAUGUACACUAUUAAAGCAAAAUUAAUGUAAGCAUUUAUUCUCCAUUUGGAAUGUUCUGGUUUGUUAUUACGACAUUCAAUGAAAAUGUUAUGUUACCAACAUGGAAAAAUGUGAAAGAUUUCAGCAAAUUGUGAUUGUGAUAUAUGCAAUAAAUUAGUAAUUAUG